AUGGCUAUCGAUGGAGAUGGAAAUGACUAUACCGGUUCAGCUAAGCUCGCAAUAGGCAUGACUGCGAGCCCUGAAGAGUUGAAGAAGCCGACGGUUGAGCAACAAAAGGAGCUAUGGGCGUGGAAUCAGCAUGUGCCUUCCUAUUUGCAGCGCUGCAUGCACGAUAUCAUAACAGAAAAAUCUCAACAGCAACCGGAUAAAAUUGCUGUUGAGUCCUGGGACGGAAGCUUGACGUACGAAGAGCUGGACAGCCUUUCAUCACAACUUGCCAGGCAGAUUCUACAGAGAAAUGCGGGAGCCGGUAGCAGAAUUCCGCUAUGCUUUGAAAAGUCAAUGUGGACUGUUGUUGCCGUCCUGGCAGUCAUGAAAGCCGGUGCUACAUUCUCCCUCACAGAUCCGAGCCAGCCAGUCGCACGGCUACAAACAAUAGUCGAGCAAACAGGGGCGAACCUCGUCAUCACUUCCGUGGCUCAGAGCGGGUUAGGCAUAGAAAUAUCCAGGGAGGGAGGCCAAGUUCUCGCCAUAUCUCGGGACUAUUUCGAUGGAAUCAAAGAGCCCGAAUUGAAACAAGAAUUACCUCAGGUAUCUGCAGAGACGCCAAUGUACAUCAUUUUCACAUCUGGGAGCACAGGCAAGCCAAAAGGUGUUGUCAUUACCCACUGCAAUUAUACCAGUGGCGCGAUUCCCAGAGCAGAGGCUGUUGGCUACAAAUCGACUUCCCGUUGUUUCGAUUUCCCCUCUUAUGCCUUUGAUGUAAGCAUUGACUGUAUGCUAUGUACUCUGGCAGCUGGAGGGCAAAUAUGCGUGCCAUCGGAAGAAGGUAGGAUGAACGACCUUAGCGGCGCCAUUCGACAGAGUAAAGCCAACAUGGUUCACAUGACUCCUUCUGUCGCCAGAGUCUUGGAUUCCGACAUUAUCCCAUCUCUGGAUGUUCUGGGCCUGGGUGGUGAGGCAGUGUCUGCGAGCGAUGCCGCAGCUUGGAGUCAGCACACUAGUUUAAUCAUUGCAUAUGGACCAUCUGAGUGUACUGUCGGUUGUACCAUCAACAAUACGGUCACCAUCUCGACGGGCAUCGGCAAAGGUGUUGGCGGCGUGACCUGGAUUGUCGAUCCUGAUGACCACAACAUCCUCAUGCCUGUCGGAGCAGUUGGAGAGCUCAUCAUUGAGGGGCCAGUGGUCGGUGUCGGCUACCUCGACGAACAGGAAAAAACAGCAGAGGUAUUUAUUGAAGACCCGUCAUGGCUGGUUUCUGGCCAUAGUACCUUCCCCGGGAGACCUGGCAGGUUAUACAAAACGGGCGACCUUGUGCGAUACGAAAGCAACGGCUCCGGCUCCAUUGAGUUUGUGGGUAGAAAAGAUCAACAAGUCAAACUUCGAGGCCAGCGAGUAGAACUCACGGAAGUUGAGCAUCACCUACGGGCCUGUUUGCCAAGCGGAAUCAAAGUCGCAGCAGAGGUGAUAAAGCCAGAGAAUGGAGGUGCUCCUUCACUUGUGGCAUUCCUUUCAGAAUCCAUCUCUGCUGGCGCUUCUGGAGUAGAUCCGGCCAUCGUCGAACCAUCUUCGGAGCUUAAAGCUGCCUUGGCAACGGUCAAUGAAGCUAUGGGAGCCAGAGUGCCACGAUAUAUGGUCCCAGCAGCAUUCGUAACUCUUCAGCAUAUGCCUUCGUUGGUGUCUGGCAAAACGGACAGAAAAAAGCUACGUGAGAUUGGAGCUGCAAUUCCACGAGAUGUUUUCAGCCGAAUGCAAGCAACUGAAGUCCAAGAGGAAGAAGAUCCAGAAACAGAAACAGAGAAAAAGCUGCAACAAGCAUGGACCAAAGUCCUCGGUUCAGACGCAAAUAUAUACAGACAGAGCAACUUUUUUGCUUUGGGAGGCGACUCUCUGCGUGCCAUGAGACUUGUUGUCACUGCUCGCGAGCAAGGCAUCUCCUUGACGGUUGCUGACAUUUUUACGAAUCCAACGCUUAGUGGUAUGGCUUCAAAAGCCACUCAGGCGUCAGAAUCUUCUUUGGAUGAGAUCCCGCCGUUUUCAUUGUUAGAAGAGGAUUGGGAUCUAGAAAGUGCACGAAACGAGAUGUCCACUCUUUGUGGCGUUGAGGCCAGCGCUGUAGAGGAUGCAUAUCCAUGCACUCCUCUCCAGGAAGCCCUCAUGGCCUUGUCAGCCAAAGUCAAGGAAGCGUAUGUCGCCCAGAGAGUCGUGGAACUGAAGGACGUCGCCACUGCUGAGAAGCUUAUCGAAGCCUUCGAUAUCGUACAGCAAGAUAGUCCCAUAUUGCGCACAAGAAUUGUGCAAAUCCCCGGACGCGGCCUCGUACAGGUUGUCAUCAAGGAAAAGCUGAACAAGUUCUCAGGUACCAAUCUCGAUGAGUAUCUGGUGAAUGAUAGGAAUGAUACAAUGGAGUUGGGCAAGAAUCUUGUCCGAUAUGCUCUUAUUGAUGAUGCCACGACAGGAAAGGUCAGCUUCGUGCUUACCAUUCAUCACGCGUUAUACGAUGGCUGGUCUAUGCCCCUGGUCGUCGAUCGAGUAAACCAAGCCUAUAGCGAUCAGAUCUCAUCACGACCAGCGCAGUUCAAACACUUUAUCAAAUAUCUGUCGACUAUGGAUAUGCGUAACUCUGCAAAUUAUUGGCGAGAUCAGCUUUCAGGAACCAAUCCCUCCCAAUUUCCGCCUCUACCUUGGCAGGGAUAUCAGCCCCAGGCCGAUUCAUUGCUGGAACAAUACAUUCCUCUAGAGGAUGGGAAAGCAUCAAAUGCUACCACCGCUACGAUUAUCAGAGCAGCAUGGGCUCUCGUAGCAUCUCAAUACAUCAACAGCACAGAUGUCGUCUUUGGAGAGACGUUAACCGGUCGAAACGCACCUGUGAUCGGGUCCGAGGAGAUUGAAGGACCAAUGAUCACAACCGUUCCCGUGCGCGUUCAAAUAGACCGGGAUAUGCAUAUUUCAGACUAUUUGCAAAGUAUUCAAGAACAAGUGGUAGACCAAAUUCCCCAUGAGCAUUUUGGUCUGCAACAUAUACGCAAACUCAGCCCUGACGCAUAUGAUGCAUGCGAAUUGCGGACAGGCCUGGUGCUACACCCAACGGGAGAUGCAGAAGCUGCUCAGGAGGCUCUCAAAUUCAACACCUACCCUCUCAUGCUGGUCUGUUCAAUAGAUCCGCGAGGAUUCCUCGUCAUGGCCAGUUUCGAUUCCAAGACUGUAUCAGUUCCUGUGAUGGAGAGGGCCCUGGACCAGUUUAAGCAGAUUGCACAGCUGUUGUGCAAACAAGGCUCAUCUACUCUAAGCAGUCUUCAAUCAUCUUUGACUAACACGGAUGCUGAAGAGCUCCGAGGUACAGUGCUUAAUGCAGACGUUAGCGAAGCAGCAAAGGAGUUUACCGGUAUUCAAGCAGCCUAUGUCACGGAUUCCAAAGAUCCAAAUAUUCUUGUCCCAGUGUUCGCAGUUGGCGAGCUGAUUGUUCAACACCCAGAUGAAUUGCCCAAUUUGACUGAAAUCUCUCCGCCAAUCUGGAUUGAAUCAGUAUCCAGUUCAGCUGCCCUAUCACAGGGCAGAUUCUACAGAACAGGACGUUUGGCUAAGUACGACUCAACUCAGAAGCCUGUCCACAUCAAAUUGGUAGAUUCCUAUAACGAAAGAAACGCACAAGCGCCCCAAGUAGGAGUGGCCAAGAGUCGAAUAUCAGCGAGCUCCAGCAGACAGCGCAAGUUGCGCAGUCUAUGGGCCCGCGUGCUACGCAUGAGCGAGGAGGACAUUGGCCUGAAUGAUGGAUUUUUCGUUCUCGGCGGUGAUUCCAUUGCCGCCAUGAAGCUCGUAUCAGAGGCUAGGGUCGAAGGAAUCAAAUUGACCGUCGUCCAGAUAUUCCAGAAACGGACCUUGUAUGAAAUGGCCAGUGCCAUGGAAGAAGUCGAGAAGCCUGCAUCAUCCACAGACGUGACCGCCACUCCAGAAGACAAAUUGAAGCCGUUCUCCCUACUCAAUCUACAAGAUGAAGGUGAGAAGUUGCGCUUCGUCAACGACACCAUUGCUCCUCAGUUGGCCGAUUCAACCUGGCGUAUAAACAAUGUUCUUCCUACACGCCCUCUGCAGCAGAUUGCUGUCAGGGGCACGACUCAGCUCCCACGCUUCUCGGCGCGAUAUGAAAUCAUGUAUUUUGACAAAGUCAUCAAUAAGGAAAAGAUGGUAGAGAGUUGCAAUCAGCUCGUGGCCCGCAACGAGAUACUACGCACUGUCUUCACGGAGCACCAAGACGAAGGCUACGCCGUCGUCCUAGAAGAACUCGUGCCAUCGUUUGUCGAAUACGCCAUCGAUAGCGACGUCGAGGCAUUUGCGCAACAGCUGUGCCGCCUGGAUGCCAUGACGAGAAUGCCCCUAGGGUCAAGCUUUGUGAAGUGGUUUCUCGUUGAGUCAACCACCGGCCAGUCAUGCCUCAUCUUCCGCCUCUCGCACGCCCAGUACGACGAGAUUUGCCUCCCCAUCAUGCUUCAGCAGCUCUCCAGCUUGUACCAAGACCAGCCAGUCCAAGAAACGGUGCCGUUCUCCGCCUACGUCCAUCACGUCCUCGGCCGUAAUCUUCCCGAGAGCAUUCCUUACUGGACAGACCUCCUUUCAGGCUCAUCUCUGACCGUCCUCAAGCCGGACAUCCCCGUCCAGCAGCGGAACCACUUCGCCAUCCAGCACACCGUGGACAUCUCCUCGCGCCUCCGCGACAUCACUGUGGCCUCUCUCCCCACGGCCGCAUGGGCCCUAUGUCUCGCCCGUCGCCUCUCCCUGCGCGACGUCACAUUCGGCGAAGUCGUCAGCGGCCGCAACAUUGACUUUUCGCACGGCCCAGCCAACGCAAUUACAGGCCCCUGCUGGCAGUACAUCCCCGUUCGCGUGCGCUUCCCGCCGGGAUGCACCGCUCUGCAGGUCCUCUCCGCCGUGCAGCAUCAGCACAUUGCCAGCUCCGCCCACGAGGGCAUCAGUCUCAGCGAGAUAGCCACCCUAUGUGGCACCAGUUGGCUGCGUCCCGACGGCCCCAAGGCUUCUGACCUGUGGUUCGACUCCGUCGUCCAUCAGGACGUCGAGCAUGUCGAGAACCUAGCCUUUGCUGCUGCUGGAAGCGGUCGCUUGGAAACGCUCUAUGUACACGAAGAGCCUUUGCGCGAGUGGAAGAUUCAAGCAUUUGUUCAUGACAACAGCAACAAGCUAACGUUGGAAAUUGUAACUUUUGAGAGCUGGGGAGGAUAUGCGAGAGAGUUGCUGGAUGACUUGGUCGACGCAGUAGCAAGCUUGCUAAAGAAUCCUCACGCCAGGCUAUUUGAGAAUGAAUCAGAGUAG